GCAGGGAGAAGUGAUUGUUGAUAGGUUCAAUCAGCUGUCAAUCAAUGACAAACCCGGCGAGCUCCUCUUCUAUUGGUUGUGGUCGCUCCUCGGCGGCCGAGCAGGGCGGGAGGCGGAAGCGGAAGCGGCCGGCGCAGCCGCGGCGGGAGCGAUGAAAGCGGCUCCGGAGCGGCGGUGGCGGCUCCCGGUUCUGCCCGCGCUGCUGCCGCUGCUGUUCCUGCCCUUCCUGCUCUUGGAAGCUGCAGGCGCCAAGGAUGGGAUCAUCCCCCUCCAAGAGAGCCACACCUCCCACCACGGGGAAUCCCAGCGGUUCUGCUACACCAACACCAGAGCCCCGCAAUGGAACGACGUCUGGACAAGGACACAGAUCCGCGUCAACAGCAGCCGCAUGAUCCGCGUCACCCAGGUGGACAGCGAGGAGGAGCUGGAGAGGUUCAGCGUGUGGAACGUGCUGUUCUCCUUCCUGCGGGGGAAGCUCAACGACACCAGCAUCGACGUGGAUCUCUACAGCAGCAAAACCUGCCUCAAGGUGGAGCUGCUGGAGCCCAACACCAACUACUCCGUCGUCCUCUUCCGACGUUUUGAUCCUAAGCUGUUCAUCGUUUCCUUCCUGGGCCUGCUGCUGUUUUUCUGUGGGGACACACUGAGCAGGAGCCAAAUCUUCUAUUACUCAGCUGGGAUCAGCGUUGGCUUGUUGGCCUCGCUGCUCGUCCUCGUUUACAUGAUGUCCAAGGUCAUGCCCAAGAAAAGCCCUGUGUACUUCCUGCUGGUCGGAGGUUGGUCCUUCUCCCUCUACCUGCUCCAGCUGAUCUUCAAGAACCUGCGGGAGAUCUGCAAGUCCUACUGGCAGUACCUGUUAGGUUACCUGCUCUUCGUGGGCCUCCUGAGCUUCGCCGUGUGCUACAGGUACGGCCCCUUGGAGAACGAGCGCAGCAUCAACCUCCUCUCGUGGGCCCUGCAGCUCCUGGGGCUGCUGCUGAUGUAUUCAGGCAUCCAAAUCCACCCCGUGGCCCUGGGUCUGGUGCUCGUGGCUGUCUGCACCAAGAACCUGGACUACCCCCUGCACUGGGCCUUCGCUGCCUACAGGAGAGUGCAGAAUUCCAAGCUGGGCCCGACGCCCCCUCGGCUGCUGUCGGAGGAGGAAUAUCGGGUGCAGGGCGAGGUGGAGACCCAAAAGGCCCUGGCAGAGCUGCGGAGCGUCUGCAAGAGCCCCGAAUUCUCUGCCUGGAGCACGGUGUCCCGCAUCCAGUCUCCCAAAAGGUUUGCUGAUUUUGUGGGUGGUGCUUCCCACGUCACCCCCAUCGAGGUGUCUGCCCACGAGCGGGAGUUCGGCCUGGCGAGUCUCUGCAUCGACGAGGAGCUCUUCGAGGAGGAUGAUGAUGAUUAUGAUGAAGAGGAGGAAAAUGUCAAUGACUCCUUUGUUGGGAAUCACAGGAGUGAUUCCCUGCCCCACAACCACCUGGAUGUCCAGUGAGGUCAGCUGUCCUGGGGCCAAGGAGCAGAAGUUCUGCUGGGCUGCUCCAGACGUGGCAGGGAUGGUCCUUGUGGGGAUGGACCCCCUCUGACAGGGAGAAAAGGGGUCUGAUCUCCUUUCCCAGCUCCUCCCUGAGGUGUGAACGCUGUUGUCAGCACAGCUCUGGGUGUUGGGGGACACAUGGGAGCCCCCCAAAGUUGAGAGGUCACCUGGUCCUGGAUGCAGCCUGGACCCACCCCAACUUGUGCCGUGGAUGUUUGUGAGCACCCAGGGUGGCACCCCCAGGGCAGGGACCCUCUCCCAAACCUGGGGACUCAUCUGGCUCCAUCCCUCAGUGCCAGGGGCUGCAGACAGGAGCUCCUUUCCCUUCACUGGGCAGCCUGGGGUGGGGAUGGACCUUCCCCUCCAUCUCCUGUGCAGGUGCCUGAGGGUGACACACACGAGAGGAACUUUGGACCUGUCCCGCUGGUACCUGUGUGCUCAGCACCUGCCUGGAGCCGUGCUGAGGGAGCUGCCAGUGACCUCUUCCUCCUCCUCCUCCUGUUACAAACACAUCAGAGGGCUCCAGCUGCUCGGGCCACUCCUCUGCCUUGGCUUCAGUCCCGUGUGGAUACCAAAAACUCCCAGCGCUUCCCCGAUGGAGCUGUGGAGCCUCAGGGUCUGCUGGCUGCCCCUGGGUGUGGUGUUGGGGUAGAGGCCGUGCUCAGCCCCCUCUCCCCGUGCCAGAGCUGAGGAUGAGUGCGGAUGUCCUUCCUCCCUGCCCUUCUGCUUACUCCUCUCCCAGUGGGCGCGGGCAGGGACUGAGGGUGACCCCAGUGAUGUUCCAGCUCCAGGUGCUGUCUGGGGAGCUCUGCCAAAGCACAGAGCUGGAGGGGACACCCCAACCUAUGCAACUUCCUAAGCAAUAACACUGCCCUCACCUCCUCGCAGCCCUGGGGACCCCCAGCCCAGCCCCUACCUCACCUGGAGCUUCUGCCAUCACUUUGUCCCAAUCCCAGGUCUGUCUUUGCUCCCCAGCUUUUCCUGCACCUUCCUCCCUGCUCAAAUGUGAGGAGACUCUGUUACUCCAUCCCCCCACCCUCAGCGUGGUGAAUGACCGAUUAUAUUUUUAAUAAAGAUGUAUUUUUUAGGA